AUGGCUAACAAGAACGUCAGUGGCAACUCGACCGUGAGGGAACUCCUGUUCAAAGAGCCUGAAAAGACCGUGGCUGAAAAGUGGGAGGAGCUCCCCCAAACCGCCAAGACAGCCGUUUACGCUAGCGGCGCUGGUGUGGGUGCCGUCGUGUUUGCCUUUGGCCUCUGGUUCUGCAUCAAGCAACGCCGUCGGGGCGCCGCUGAGGCAGCUGCCGCCGAAGCCGCCGCCGCGCAGGAACGUCUCGAGAUGCAGAACUUCAAGGCCCGCGGUGUUAACCCCGACAGCUUUUCUGGUGGCGCGAGCGACUGGACCGUGGCCGAGGUGCACGACGGCGGCGUGGUGCAGGAAAAGAAGGGCGGUUUUAGCGUCGAGGAGCGAGCCAUCCCAUCCCCGCAGCGCCUUCGAAAACGCCCACAACAACGGCGGCUUUGUUGGGAUGGCGUCGCCUCAGCGCAGCGCGACGACCCCAACGCGUACUCGGGAGGCUACAGCGGUGGCGGAGUUGGAUACGGCGAGUUUGACGGCCCCAGGGCCCAGAGCCCAGCACAUGUGAUGCCCCCUCCCAGGAGCGGGAGCGCAGCCCCUACAUAUGGCGGAGCAUACGGAGCGCCUCAAAGUCCCGUCUAUGGGCAGCAGCAACAACAACAACAGGGAGGCGGCUACUGGAAUAACAAUGGUCCCGGCGCGUACAGGUGA